GCCACGCCCUCCGCCGCGCGCAGGUAGCGCGCAGCAGGAAGUAGCUGUCAACGCCGUCGAGUGAAAGUUAACGAAAAAUGCGUCUGUGUAUUUGAAAGAGCAACAGCGACUUGUGCCGUGUGUCAGAUUUCCUAAAUCCUUGUUUCGUUUCCAGCGAACAUGCGGCUGUCCGCGAGCCGCGCGCUGCUGGCGCUCGCGCUUCUGGCGGCCUUCGACUCGCCAGAAAGCUUGCAGACGGCGGUCCGACCGGAUAAAGGCUCGACAGUGACGGUGUCCACCGCGCUGCCGCCGGAUCAAUGCGCUGUUUGUGCGCUCGGCGGGGUGAACGACACGCUGAAAUCCUGCCGGUCCUCUUUGUCUCUGGUACCUGAGGAGGAAGUCAAAUUGCUGUUCAACUGCUCCCAACCGAUCGAACAGGCUUUCACUGUGACGAUCGCUCAGACUGUUGAGUGCACAAAGGACAUCUGCAGCCCGACAACGGUAGAAACGCAACCCUCCCUCCUCUCAGAGUUCAGCAGAACCUACACAUGGGAGCUGAAGGCACCGGAGAAGACCCUCGUGGGUUUGAACAUCCUUGGAGAUGGGCUGAGGGAGACGUCACAACCGUGCCCUGAUGGAUUUCAGUAUUCGGUCACCACGCCCAAGACAAACCCCAAGGGUCUGACUCAGUAUUGUCGAGGUGGUUCUGCGACUCGUUUAGAUGAGCCCAAUGGAGCUGUUGUGUCUCUGCAAGUUAAACCAAGGGCUCUGGUUGAGUCGGUGUUGUUCUACGCCUCGGCUGGACCUCUGAAGGGCCGAACAGUGGUUUUAUCAGUGAAUUCAAGCACGACUGUGGUCAUCCGCCGGGAUCCUGAGGCGCCAGAGUGUGACGUUUGCUCGCUUGAUGGCUCAACUCCUCAAUGUGCUACCAACGAAAAGACACUGACGAACGUUAACAACCUCUCGCUGGAGUUCAGCUGCCUGAAACCUCAGGAUGUGUACAGCGUGGAGAUUAAGAAGAAAAUCGAAUGCACCCAGAGCACCUGCACUCCUGCUGCAGGAGAAAUUGAGCCAGAUGUCUUCAAGGACUUCAGAAGAUCCAUAACGUGGGACAUUGGUGUACCACAGAGGACCGUAUUAACACUGGACUUCCCUGGUGGCUUAAAGGAGAUGUCUGAAGCAGAAACGUGCCCAGACGGUCACCAGUACUCCGUGAGCACAAUUAAAAGUCAGGGAGAGAUAACCACGAGCUACUGUAAGGGUGGGACGGCGUCUCCUCUGGGUCUGCUCGCAGCAACGAGUGUGACCACACAGGUUCUCAAGGGAAGUGAAGUGGACUCGUUCACUGUCAAAGUAGCACCAAGAGGUAGUAGAAUGAUGUCUGUGAUGCCCGAUCCGGACACCAUCAUUACCAUCCGCAGGUUGAGCAACGAGCCAGACUGCAGUGUUUGUAUGAACAAGGAGCCCAACCAGAUAUGCAAUAGGAAAUAUCUCACCCUGAAAGAUCCUUAUAACACCACUGUAGAGUUCACCUGUCCUCGACCUCAGGAUGUUUUCACUGUGGAGAUCAACAGAGAAAUUGACUGCACAGAGACCUCCUGCUCUGGUAACAUCGUUCAGGCCGAGUCCUCACUGUUCCCAGACUUCAACCGGACCUUCACCUGGGAUCUAAAAGUUGUCCCCACUCGGGCCUUCCAACUGGACUUCCCGGAAAUGGGAAUGCGACAGAUUCCCAACGGGGAGAUCUGUCCAGACGAGCACACGUACUCCAUUGUUACGUAUCUCCGCACUGGGCCAGCCACCAUUGCUACUUUUUGCAAAGGAGGAACUGUGACCACCAUCCUGGCUCGCUACAAGGGCCGAGUAUCUCUGCAGGUGCCCGGCGACCGGAAGCUGGACCCUGUUGACCUCAAACUCAACGUUGGACCUGAGACCAGCAUGGUUGCCAUAGUGAAAGUCAACCUACCACGCGGCGUGUCCAGCACAGACUUCAUCACGGCCAACUAUCCCGGCCGGUUUCCUGACAACCAGCAGAUGCAGUGGGACUUUGCGGUGCCCGGCAUGCACAACUACACAAUGCACUUUCAAAAUCACACCGCUCCGGAGUGCCUCGCCGAGGAGGUGGAGGUGGAGUACCAGAAAGACAACGAGAAGGUGACCAAGCUGACUCUGAUGGAUCCUCAGCCGAAGCAUGCGCAGGGCGACUUCAGCAUGGUGCUGAGGAAUUGUGAAACCAACACAACGCUGCAGGGCCUCACCUUGAACUACAGAGUGUCUGUGAUGAGGAGUGGGCAUCCAGUCCUGUGUGCCGUGGACCUGACCGAACACCAAGGAGUUUCCCUGCAGAUCGAGAAAGUGGGUUCUGAUCCCUACUGUGAGAUGAGCAUCAACUCUCAGGUCAAAGAGAAGAUCAGCGUGGCCGCGGGCACGAAGGCCAACCUGUCCUUCCUCGACUGCCCGAAUGAAGAUGUGCGCCUGACUGCCAGUAAAGUUAUUGGGUGUCUGGAUAUGACGACGUGCUCUGCGACUCAGCUCACCGUUCCCAAACUGGACUCCUGUCUACCGAUGUCCCUACACAGCUUCACCUGGCACCUCAAAAUCCCCGAGGACCGCACCGUGGACCUGAUGUCGCCCACGGGGAGUCUCCGACAGUCCCUGCCCGGCCAGGACUGCGCUCAGUCCGUCUCCCUGCACGUGGCAGAGGGCGACGGGUUUUCUGUGGGAGAUUUCUGCUUCACCGGGAUGAUCCAGAAAAUUCAGGUGCACGCAAACGUGUCUGUCACAGUCUCGGACUUCAGCCAGACGAAGGAGCCUUUCCUCAACGUGAGCUUCAGUCAGGAGAUCCCAGAGACCAUCAUUUACAGGAUCAGCCCCGAGGCGUCGUCCCCGACCCUGCUGGCGACCCCCAACUGGCCUCUGGGUAUGAGGCCCUCGUCCACCGUGUCCUGGCUCGUCACCGUACCGAGCCAGUACGAGGCGCUCGUGCAGCUUCCCAACGUCAGCCAACCUCGAUGCAGGGACAGGCACACCGACAUCACGGUGAAGAUGCUCGGGGACGAGGAGGAGCUGAUCAGCCGCAGGGAGGACGAGGCGCCAGUGGACAUGUUGACGGUGCCACGUAGUUUUUAUCUCAACAUGUCCAACUGCAUACCAGAGCGGGGAGUCUUCGCUGCAAUGACCAAAAUUGUUUUGCAGAAGAAGAGCAACCUCCUGGCCAUCCUCCUCGGGGUAGCGGGAGCUGUUUUGCUGUUGCUCAUUCUGCUGGCUGUUGCGUGCUUCGUCAUACGGAAAAAUAAAAAAGACAAACUAGCCAAGGAUUCGUCCAUCUACAUCGGCAAGGGGAACAUCUUCCGCCCAAAUGACGGACACUUCAGCAAAACUCGGUCUGAUAACGAGUCCCACGUCUACGCCUCCAUAGAUGAGGCGAUGACGUACGGCCACCUGCUGGGAGACUCCAGCUACGCGGACAGUAUGCCGAACCGCUUCAACGGCGGGCAGGUGGACACUUACAACACAUUUACAGGGCCCACUAGUUCAGGGCUGCCUGAAAUCCAAGAACCGGACAAUGAGCCCGAGUUGGAGGUGUUCAAGACCUUCCUGGACCCGUCCGAGUCUUUCCACCCGCCCCGCCCGCGCACUCCCAUCGACCGGCAGGACAGCCUCGGCUUCCAGGACCGCAGGAUGUUGGACAAUCAACUGUUCACGUUCAAGAGCACCGGGGAUAUAAACACGAUCCGGCUCUCCGGCGUCGACGUGGAGCUGCAGACGCCUGAGGAGGACUCCUUGUAGUGUGUCAAGAAUGUAGCUGCACGAUGGGCCGAUGUUACGCUGUUGUGAAGAGGAUUUAGUAUCUCAGGACGAUGCCGAUAUGAACUUCCCUCAAUCACACUCCGGUUAAUCUCCUCUGUGCGACGUGUGCGUCGUCUUUGUCAGAACUGGAGCUUCAAGAGACCGUGCUGUGAUCCUUUUUUCUAUGAAGCAUUCAAAGGACUCUAUUGUUAGACAUUCAAUAUUAAUGGGUAUGAUUUCUUUAGUCUGCUGAAAAUAAGACUAUCUUGCAUGCUUUGCACACAAGAGGAGGUUUCAGUGGGUUGCAGUCACUGCCAGGUUGUGUACACUGCCCCGUUUUUAAAGGAGGUUUGUUCAUUUAGGAAAUACCUCUUCACUUUCUUUCCCAAAGAUGAGAGAUGGCACCUUGUUAGCGCCGCAUGAAGACUAGAAACAAGUGGAAACUGCUACUCUGGCUCAGUGCGAAGAAAUCUCAUACAUCUUUAAAAACAGGAUUUUACGUAUUAAUUAGUGAGUGUGAGUGAUAUUCCUUAUUCUAUGUUGAACGAGACGACGGCAACAAAGUGCCAAACUAUUCCUAUAAUUUUCUACUUGUUUGUGCUUUUAUUUCAUCUUUACCAAUGUGACAAGCAUUCAGGAGCGAGCACUAUGGAAACGUGGUCCAUGGUUUUUAUAUUGCUUACUUGUUUUUAAAAGAUUUGUGUUUUCUUUUACCUGUAAAUACUUUUUUUGCAAUAAAUUCUAGGAAAAUGGUG